AUGGAGGUGGAGCUGGGCACCGACUCUAACGUCAACCUGUACGCUACUUUUGGCCUCCUGCUCGGUGUGUUUGUGGUCUGUGGCCUGGCAUUGCUGGGACUUCUUACAUUUGUCUCCUGGAAGCUGUGCUGGGUGCCUUGGCGGACUAAGGCCCACUUUCCCAGCCCAUCCCUCAGCCCGGCCCGUGGCCCACAUCAUUGCCCGCUUCAGCCGCCACUCCUGUUACCCAGCCCCCAGCAGACGCCAGUCACCAUGGCAACAGAGAAGGUGAAGGACCCCAUGGGCUCGAUUGGUUUCCUGGAGGCUGCGGUGAAGAUAAGCCAUACCUCUCCUGACAUCCCCACUGAUGUGCAACUCUCCAUGAGGGAGCAUUUCCUGCGCCGCACGCAACGCAUGCAAAGGCAAACAACUGAACCAGCUUCCUCCACUCGGCACAACUCAUUCAAAAGACACCUGCCCAGGCAGAUGCAGGUAGGCAGUCUAGACCUAGGAAAUGACUACAUGGUGGACAAGGAUGAAAAGCCCACUAGCAUCGGUCGUAUCCAGCCAGAGCUCUACCAACAGAAGGCCCCAGAAUCAGAGGACUCAUCCAAGAACAGCAGUAAAAACUGUGGCAAGAUUAACUUCUCCCUCAAGUAUGACUAUGAAAAUGAGUCUCUCCUUGUCAACAUCCUCAAGGCAGUAGACCUACCAGCCAAAGACUUAUGUGGCACAUCUGACCCUUAUGUGAAGAUCUACCUGUUGCCCGAUCGCAAGAAGUUCCAGACUCGUGUCCACCGGAAGACACUCAACCCCACAUUCAGUGAGAGCUUCCAGUUUCCUGUGCCUUAUGAUGAGCUGGCCGCCAGAAAGCUCCAUAUGAGCGUUUUUGACUUUGAUCGAUUUUCACGGCAUGAUAUGAUUGGUGAGGUGGUGAUGGAAAACUUGUUUGAGACGUCAGACCUCUCCAGGGAGACAAACAUAUGGAUGGACAUCCAGUAUGCCACCAGUGAAAGUGUUGACCUUGGAGAGAUCAUGUUUUCACUAUGCUACCUGCCCACUGCAGGCAGACUCACACUUACUGUCAUCAAGUGCAGGAACCUAAAGGCCAUGGACAUCACGGGAUACUCAGAUCCCUACGUGAAAGUGUCACUGAUCUGUGAUGGGAGACGUUUGAAAAAGAAGAAGACGAGCAUUAAAAAGAACACUCUGAAUCCCACCUACAAUGAGGCCAUCAUCUUUGACAUCCCGCCGGACAGUAUGGACCACGUCAGCCUCCACAUCUCCGUCAUGGACUAUGAUUUGGUAGGUCAUAAUGAGAUCAUUGGUGUGAUGAGAGUUGGAUGCAGUGCUGAGGGACUUGGCAGGGACCACUGGAACGAAAUGCUGGCCUAUCCGCGGAAGCCAAUUGCACACUGGCACCCCCUGCUGGAGCCCAAAAAAUCUGAGAAGGAGUGGAAGGCGAGGACAGCCAGCUUUGACAGCCAGGGCUCCUGCCCUUCACCCAGGCCCCCAGCCAGUCCCUGAGCAGAGCCACCUGUGACCCAGCAGCCCAGAAGGGGGUUUCCGCCCUCCUGCUAAACCACUUCCUGUCUGUCUGAUUGAGGAGAAAUACAACCCCAGCGUGUCUCCCUCUCCCACUUUCUCUCUCUGUUUCUCCCUUCCUCGAGUCUAGUUCCAGAGCACUCCCAAGAACUGAUCUCGGACUACCGUCAGUCAGUUAGUUGUGUAAAACCAACUCUGUUUUCGGGUUAAAAUUUAGGGUCCUCAAUUUCAAAUGUGGGUGUUUUGAUGGGCCGAAGUCAUUUGGCGGACAUGCAGUCUGCAGAUACUGAGCCGUCUGAGCUGAGACGAGCUGAUUCCGGUGUCCUCACAGGAGACUUUUCAAACACUGAAGAUUCAACAUUGCACUGCAGAGACGUUUGAUGAAAAAAAUAAAAAAGCUCAGUCGGAUAUCACUCCUUGAAAGCAGUGGAGGUUUCGCAGAGGGAAGCUGAGGACACGGCCUCAGCAGAAAAGGAGAAGACCUUAAGAGAUCUGAAGCUUUUUCAAAACUCUACAGCUGUAUAAGAAUAAACGAUGCUGAGUGUAGCAUUUUGGAAAUAUUAGAUAUAAAACCACUCCACCAUUCGUUAUUGUUUGUGAUGCUCCAGCUGAGUUUGCUGUACUUCCACUUUCAUCACUAACAGAAGCAAUUAUCAGAUCUCCAUCUUAUUGAGGAGAGGCGGGAUCAGACUGAAACUAAUAUAUUGUCAGCCUGACAAACUGCAGCUUUGGUGUGUUUUCAAAAGCAGACAUUUUACAUGACAAAGAAGAAAAAGCUGCAGGAUUAUUGGGCUUCACAGCAGAGCAAAUUGGCUGCAUUGCAGAUUUUUUUCGGGUCUUUGUCCAUUUUCAGCGUAAGAGGUAGGAGGUUAAAUUACCACACAAAGGCACAGCCAGAUUCUAAAAGACAAAAUAUAAUUUUGACAAACAAAAGUUUUCACAGAGGGAGCUGCAAAGGUUUCUGUAAACAGGGAAAAUGCGAGCACACUUUACACACCCUUACCUCUUUCUCUGUUUGAUGUUGCAAUCUCACCCUCUCUUCCAGGUGAAAGCUCACACCAACGCUCAUGUUUUCUUUCAGAGAAAAACACUUUUCAGAAACACUUCUUUGCCACGUAUUGUGUUUUUAUGUUUGUUUUUUUCAUCUGAUUUUGGUGGAUGUGUAUAGCUUUAUGUACAGGCAUCUGCUGGUUACCGUAUGUAUGUUUUAUCUAAACAGAAAAAAACAGAAGAGAAAUACAAUGAUGAAAAAAAACUGACUUUAAAUUUAUGUAGCCUUGUUGGUGGUAAGGAUUUAAAAUACUAAAUGGAAAAAAAGAAGAAAUUCCUUCCUUUUUAGAAACAUUCAACUUUCUUGAUGUUUAUGCUGUCUAAUUAUACUGCUGGAUUCAUGUACAGGGAUAAAUUAUGCUGGAUCUGUAAUAUGUGGCAUUUGGAGGAUAUUUGAUGUAAGAAAAUGUUUGAUCUGUAUCAGUAUUAUUCAUUUGAUUGGUCCCUGGUUAUUAUUGGCUCUCUUUACAGUAACUCAAGUUUUAGUUGGAUAAAAGAUGAUGGAUGCAGUCUGCGUAUCUAUGGAGUAUACACCUUUGAUAUGUUUGAUACAACUGCCUUUUACUCCAGACAUUAUACCGAGUUACAGUUUUGAACAGAUCAUUGCAUUGCUUUAUCGUACUGACUUUACACACUAGCAGCUGCAAUGCUGCACAAGUGCUGAUGAUGCAAUUUCAGUCAAGCUCCCUCAUAACCCUUACAUACAAUGGAUACUAAAUUUGUGUAAGCUUAAUUAAGCACUUACUUGAACAAGUUAUAAACUCGUUUUUUUAUAUCCAAUUAUGUUAAGCUCAUAGACUGUAUAUAAAAGAUGUCUGCAGCCAACGUGAUACGACCCUUUGGUUAAUAAAGUGCUGUUGUGAAGCUUAAAGCUGCCCAUUUUUACCAUCACCAUGUUGGUGUUUUGGAGCCCUAUGUGAUGAGAGAGGGAUGGAUGAUGCUGAGAAACUGAGGAACACUCCACUCUCAUAAGGACUCAUCAGUAGUGUUGGGUGUACCAUGUUCCAAAGUAACACAUUAUAUAAUAUUAUUAUAUAUUAGU